UCAGGAACAAUCCAUACCCCUCCCCUCCUCAGAUACAUUAGAAACCUAAACGCACGGACUGCUUGCUAUAAGCAAUGUCAACAUGGGCUCUAGAUGGAAAAACAGUGGGAAUUGCUGUGCAUCAGGGAUGUUGUCCCUAUGUGUUUUAGUCAGCCUGUCGAUUUGUUUGUCCAGAGCUGAAGAUAGUGCAAUGGAGAACAUCGUAACAGAGAAGAAGGCUGAGGAAAGCCACAGACAAGACAGUGCCGACCUGCUAAUUUUUAUCAUGCUCCUAACCCUCACAAUAUUAACCAUUUGGCUUUUUAAACACCGUCGGUUUAGAUUUUUACAUGAAACAGGACUGGCUAUGAUAUAUGGACUAUUGGUUGGCGUGGUACUACGAUAUGGCAUUCACGUGCCGCGAGACAUGAACAACAUCACACUGAGCUGCCAUGUAAAUGCAAGUCCUGCCACACUGCUGGUUAACGUCAGUGGCAAAUUCUACGAGUACACCCUGAAAGGCGAGAUCAGUGGCAAAGAGAUAGAUGAUGUGCAGGACAAUGAGAUGCUUCGCAAGGUGACCUUUGAUCCCGAGGUGUUCUUCAACAUUCUCCUGCCUCCUAUAAUAUUCCAUGCUGGUUACAGCUUAAAGAGGAGACACUUCUUCAGGAACAUGGGCUCCAUCUUGGCCUAUGCAUUUCUUGGAACGGUGAUCUCGUGUUUCAUCAUUGGGCUGUUGAUGUACGGCUGUGUGACGCUGAUGAAGCAGAUCGGGCAGUUGGGUGGGGACUUCUUCUUCACAGACUGCCUCUUCUUCGGAGCCAUCGUCUCCGCCACGGACCCAGUGACAGUCCUGGCCAUCUUCAAUGAGCUCCAGGUGGAUGUGGACCUGUACGCGCUGCUGUUCGGCGAGAGCGUUCUUAAUGAUGCUGUAGCAGUAGUCCUUUCCUCGUCCAUAGUGGCCUACCAGCCUCAGGGGGACAACACCCACACGUUCGAGGCCAUGGCCAUGGUCAAGUCCUUCGGGGUGUUCCUGGGAGUCUUCAGCGGCUCCUUUGCUCUCGGGAUGGCUACUGGAGUCAUGACGGCACUGGUCACCAAAUUCACCAAGCUGCGGGACUUCUCGCUGCUGGAGACGGCCCUCUUCUUCCUCAUGUCCUGGAGCACAUUCCUGCUGGCCGAGGCCUGCGGCUUCACAGGUGUGGUAGCUGUGCUGUUCUGUGGAAUCACCCAAGCUCAUUACACCUAUAACAAUCUCUCACCUGAGUCUCAGGACAGGACCAAACAGUUGUUUGAGCUCCUUAACUUCCUGGCGGAGAACUUCAUCUUCUCCUACAUGGGGCUCACGCUGUUCACCUUCCAGAACCACGUCUUCAACCCCAUUUUCAUCAUCGGAGCUUUCCUGGCUACUUUUCUGGGCAGAGCAGCCAACAUCUACCCCCUCUCCUUCCUGCUCAACUUGGGCCGCAGAAACAAGAUCAGCUCCAACUUCCAGCACAUGAUGAUGUUUGCCGGGCUGCGCGGUGCCAUGACCUUUGCCCUGUCCAUCCGCGACACGGCCACCUACGCACGGCGGAUGAUGUUCUCCACCACGCUGCUGGUGGUCUUCUUCACUGUGUGGGUGUGCGGAGGAGGAACCACACAGAUGCUGUCCUGCCAGCGCAUACGUGUUGGUGUGGAUCCGGACCAAGAGCACUCAAUUGGUCCUGAUGGCAUAGAGCGGCGCAGCACUAAGCAUGAGAGUGCCUGGCUCUUCAGGAUCUGGUACAACUUCGACCACAACUACAUGAAGCCCUUUCUGACCCACAGUGGUCCUCCCCUCACGGCCACCCUGCCAGCCUGCUGUGGGGCCCUCGCCCGCUGCCUCACCAGCCCACAGGCCUACGAGAAUGAGGAGCAGCUGAGGGACGACGACUCUGACCUCAUCCUGAAUGAUGGCGAUAUCAGCCUGACGUACGGCGACAUCACCGUGAGCACGGACGCCAGCGGGGCCCACACCAGCUCCCGGCCGUCAGUGGUGGCGGCCAACUCGGACGAGCUGGACCGGGAGCUGGCGCUGGGUGAACACGAACUGGUGAUCCGCGGGACCCGGCUGGUGCUGCCCAUGGAUGACUCUGAGCCGCCGCUGCCCGGGGAUGUCCUGCACCGACGCUCCGGAGCCCUUAGCUGAGCGACGUGGAGCACAUUCCAGGGGGCACUCCUCUCUCUCAUCCCUCUUUCUCUCUCUCUUUCUCUCUCUCCCUUCCCUACUGCACCCAUCCCCUCAUCUCACCUCCUCUUCUCUCCUUUAUGUUGCUGAGUUUGAUCAAGUGGCUGGUUUGAUGGCUCUACCUCAUUCUUGUUUCUUGUUCUUGUCUCUCUCUCCUGCCAUCACUGUUGUGUCAAUUAUUAUUUAUUUAUCUCUCCUGUUUGCCCUCUCCCUCCAGAGAGUUGCUGCUUCUAUCUCUCUCUCUCUCUCUCUCUCUCUCUCUCUCUCUCUCUCUUUAUAUUUAUACUCGGGUGUUACAACCAGACCACGUAGCGUCACCCAAAGCUUUGUCAGAAUGGUGGAAGCAUGUGUUUGAUCUCUCCAAGCAAAAAUCACCACCAGAACAAGCUUAGCUGAUCUUCUCCCGUCUGUAUAGCAAGGUGUAAAAUACUGUCGACAUGAUAUGCAUGCCUUUUAUGUGCGUGCCUGCCUGCGUGCGCGUGCGCGCGUGUGUGUGCGUGUAUCGACCAUCGUUUAGUUGUUAAUGGAGCGAGAGGGAUCUUGCGAGGGAUCCCAUGUGGUAUCAGCUCAUGUUUCUGAUAGGUCUUAUGCUGUCUACUGCCUUCUCUGUGCAACAGUUGAAUCAGGGGCAUGACUGGGGGGCUCUGGGUUUGCUGUGCGGUCACAAUCAAGUGCCUGACGAAUGUAGGUUUUUCCCUCCCUAAAGAAAAUACACUCUUCCCGCCACUAGGGGGCAGCCUUGUAUUUCGGUAUCGAGUCUCUCCUAUCGGAGUGGUUUGGCCAGGAGUGGGCUGUAGGUGAUGGCGCUCUCUUAGCCUAGCACAAGUCUUGGAUCUUACAUAUUGACCUUUGACUGUGACUGUGUGAGGGUUUUUACACCUUGUUAUAUAACCUGAUGUCGCUCACAGCACAUAGAAGGGCUGUUCUAUUUGGAGAAUGCUGAAUUGGAGGUAUAAGUGGCAAAUAUUGGGGGCCAUUUUAUUGUCUUUCAGUGUACUAACUUCUAACUUUUGACAGCCUCAAAAUAUUUUUCUAUUCAUUUUUUCCAUGCAGCAAAAAAAAAAAAGAUUAAAAUGGCAGAUAUUAAUGAAUUUAUGAAUGUCUGACAUUGCUCUGUGUUUGAUAUUAAGCACCAAAACACUGUACAGAACAAGCAACGUGCUACUAAAUCCACUGAUGGAACCUGCUUUUUGUAAAGUCCAGUCUGUGCUUUCCUGUGGUUUCCUAGUGGUCCAGCUUUGACCUUUUUGAAGAACAAGCAAAAAGUGAUAAUGAAACAAUGUUUAGGAAUUUUGCGUAAUAGUCACCCUGAUAUUAUUCUAGAAAACUGAAAUGACAUAUUUGUUUCUGCUUGAAACUACAUAAACUUUUUUCCGUUAUUGUUUUGCAUGAAAUGUGUGGAGAAGUCGACUCGUCUUCUAUACCAACAUGUUUGUGAUGUGGAGCAAUCAGACUGCUAUUGAACUGAGAAGCUGCAGUCACAGACAGUACCAGUGGAAGUCAACCAUGUGAGGAUGCACACAGGCCUGUGGCUAACCCUCCUUUCAGGAAUGCACACAUUGGGAACAUAAAAAGGGAGCUAGAGUAGCUUCUCUGUGUCAGGAUGGUAGAUGUCAAGUUAGGGAAAUGAUCUUUGAAGGCAGUUUUACAUUUGCCAUAUGUACCAUUGGGCAAGAAAGACAAAGCAUGCAAUGUGGUUACAGCCACAUGGUUUGCUUGCCAAUGGUCAGUCCUCCCAUUUUUAGCUGAACGGAAAGACUGAUGGUCAAAGCCAAGAGAUAACCGAGCCAGAACAACUUCACUGUCUUUCCGUGGUGUAAACAGGGACAGUCUGUCUGUUCACCAGGAGCUAAUCUGACUUGGUGGGCGAAUUCUGGAUACAGCUCCCCAUAACAAUCGCUAAAGCUUAGCUUCUGUGUACUUUAUAGAGCCGAGAGCUAGUGGGCAUAAGUUGCAAAAAGAAAAUGACCUACAAAUAUCAAGAUUUGUUUUGUUUGUCCUGAGCCGGGAGUCUGCCAGUAUCUGUGUAUUUCUGCUUAGAGUGUGGAUGGAGACAUGGUUAAUGGCAUGGACGUGUGAACGAGAGGUCGAUGUGGAGGUGCUGCCAGGCACACUCCUAGACUGAGCAGGCUGUAGUGGCAGACUGGAGCAGGAAGUGUUGAUAAGGAAUGGCCCAAUUGCCAGAGCUGUGACCGAGAGGCAGGGAAGAGGGUGUGGGGGGGCAUUCUGGAGAGUGAAGGUUCCACACAGUGUUAUCUCCUGCCGUGCAGGAAUUUAAUGAGUGCGCAUGUUAGUGUUUCCUAGUUCCAUAAGCAUGCCUCUUGACACCACAAUGCGAUGGAUUUGUUUUGUUGUUAUUGUUGUUAUCAUUUGUUUUUGUUUUGUUUGUUUUUAUUUUGUUUAUUUUUUAUUUUGAUUCAGGUCAUUAUGUCCAAAU